UUAUCUCUACUCUAUAGUCUGUACGGUAGAUUCAUGAAGUUAAACUAACCUACAAAAUAAAUACAAGUUAGAACUGGUGGAUUGUAGAAAUUAUUUAAUUGAUAUUCAAUAAAAUUGUAUAAUCAUACUUGUUUUAACAAGUUUUUAGGACAUCGAUUAAAUAUGAGUGACUUAUCUGAUUUUUCGAGCAAUAAACCUGCCGAUUCUGAAUUACAGGACUUCCUUUUGGCUGAAAAACAGAAAGCACAAUUCCAAGCUCAGAUACAUGAGUUCAAUGAUUUCUGCUGGGACAAAUGUGUGGAUAAACCCGGAGCAAAAUUAGAUUCCAGAACAGAGACAUGCAUUUCUAAUUGUGUGGAGAGAUUUAUUGAUGUUUCUCUACUCAUUACAAACAGAUUUGCCCAGAUGUUGGAAAAAGGUGGAGGCAUGCAUUAAUUUUGGAAACUUGUUUUGAUUAUUAACAGAAUAAUUUUAGUUUUAGUUGUAAAUAAGUUCUUAAGAGUAUACCAGCAUUUGUUGUAGUUAUCAUUGUUUAUAUUAAGAGUCGGAAAUGUAAUUGUAUUUUUCAAAAAAUAAUAAACUCAUCAAUAUUUAUAAAA